AUGGAGCCCAUUUUGUUUCAAUCUGUCACUGUCAUCACGGGCGAAGAAGACGCCACGCCCUUUGUCGCAGAUGUCCUGGUCAAAGACGGUCUGAUUGCCCACAUCGGCGACCCUGGCACGGUAGAAUCUGCGACAGCCCGGCUCAUCGACGGCAAAGGCCAGUACUUGUCGCCUGGAUUCAUUGAUAUGCAUGCGCAUUCCGACUUGUAUCUCAUCACGAGUCCAGCUCACGAGGCCAAGAUCUCACAAGGCUGCACAACCGAAGUUGUCGGCCAAGAUGGAAUUUCGUAUGCCCCUGUACGUACAAAGGAGCAACUGCGGGCCAUUCGGAGUCAAAUCGCAGGCUGGAACGGCAAUCCCUCCGACGAGGAAUGCCAGACCAAGCACCAGGGCACCGGAAUCUUUGAGUGGCAGACUGUGGGUGACUACCUCGACUGCCUGGAACAGAACAAGACUGCGACCAAUGUGGCCAUGCUAGUACCGCAGGGUAACCUUCGCCUCCUGGCUUGCGGCCCCAACGACACUCCCGCUAGCCCUGCGGAAAUACAAGAUCAGGUCAAGCUUUUAAAAGAGGCCAUAGGUCAAGGGGCGGUCGGAAUGUCCAGCGGCCUGACUUAUACGCCUGGCAUGUAUGCUUCCAACUCGGAGCUCGCAGUCCUUUGCCAGGCUCUCGCCGACGAAUAUCCUGGCGCUUUUUAUGCGCCGCAUCACCGCAGCUAUGGAUUCAAAGCUCUGGAGAGCUACGAGGAGAUGCUCGACCUUGGGAAAAACACUCGCUGUCCAAUCCACUUGACACAUGCAACUAUGAACUUUUCCGAGAACAAGGGUCGAGCGCCCGAGCUACUGCAGAUGAUUGACGGGGCGCUUGGCUCUGGCGUUGACGUGACGCUCGACACGUAUCCCUAUUUGCCAGGGUGCACGAUGCUGGCCGCGCUGCUUCCCAGCUGGGCGUCAGAGGGCGGUCCGGAUGAAACCCUCAAGAGGCUGGGCGAUGCGAAAGUGCGAGACAAGAUUCAAGUUGCCGUGGAAGUCACUGGAUGCGACGGUGGCCAUGGCAUCCCGACGAACUGGGAUGAGAUCCAAAUUGGUAGCACGCAGCACGAGACGCUGGAUGGGUACGCGGGUAGACGCGUGGCGGAAGUUGCCCGGUCCCUUGUCAAGCCUGCCAUUGACGUCUUUUUCGACAUUCUUGUCAAGGAUCGACUUGCGACGAGCUGCUUGCUGCACAUCGGCCACGAAGAAAAUGUCCGCGCCAUUAUGAAGCAUGAAAAACACAUGAGUGGAAGUGAUGCCAUUCUGCACGGCGAAACGCUGCAUCCUCGUGCCUAUGGCACAUUUACGCGAUACUUGGGUCACUAUGCACGCGAUUUGGGCAUGUUUACCAUUCCGCAGAUGAUGGCACACCUGACGUCGCGCCCAGCCAAGCGCCUCAAUGUGUAUCCGUUCCGUGGGCAUGUCGGUGUUGGGUCAGCGGCAGAUUUAGUCUUGUUUGAUCCGGAAACGAUUCAGGACAUGGCCACGUUUGAGCAACCGAAACUGACCAGUAAAGGCAUCAAUUUCGUGCUGGUGAAUGGUGUGGUUGCGGUGGAUGCGGGAAAACUUACCGGGGCGAGAGGAGGGCACGUAUUGCGGAGGAGGGAGGAUGGCACAGUUGGGUCUGGCAAGGUUUAG